UACGGUAUAUAACAUAAAAAUAUGGCCAAAAGGAAAAAGAGAGCUCUGAAGAGAAAUGGGGAGCGAUAGGAAGGAAAAGAGAAGUAAGAAACGAUCAAAUUCUUAUUCUUCUGGGUCUGAAGAUGAAGGAAGGGAAAAAAGGCAAAGGAGAGGCGAGGACGAGCAGAGGAAAAGCAGGAAGAAGGAUGAUAAGAAAGAGAAAAGGAAAGACAAGAAAUCUCACAAGCACUCUUCCGAUAAAGAGAAGAAGUCAAAGGAAAAACACAAAAGUAAACAUCACAAAGGUGACCGCCACUCGAAACAUGGGUUCCAAGAGAUCUCCAGUGAUGACUAUUUUUCAAAGAACAAUGAGUUUGCUACGUGGCUGAAAGAAGAGAAACGUGUGUUUUUCUCUGAUCUUUCGUCUGAGUCUGCUCGGGAAUUUUUUGCCGACUUUGUUAAAGAUUGGAAUAACCAGAAACUUGAAUCUGAAUUCUAUGAAGGCAUUGCAAGUGGGCCACGGACUGCACAUAACUGGAAAAUUAGACAGUAGGAAGGGAAGAAGAGAGAAC